CCCGUCGUGCCAGCGUCCGGCUGCGCCGCGAUCCAACUUUUCUUUACAUUUUCACGUCACCUGGGCACCAAACAUAAAUUUGGCAUCCUAUGCAAAUAUAUGCUGACGUAAAAGAUCAUGUGGUUUUUGUCGUCGAUCCCCCCUAUGAGCAACGAGGAGGCUUUUUUUUUCUCCUCUCUACUGUUGUCUUUAGGUUAGCUAUGCUACAAUCUUUACUGUACCCAGCGCUAGCUAUAUGCGCCCCGCACCGCACCACUCUGGAUAUCUGGGAAUAAUCAACUUCCAGCCUGUCGCACCCUGCAGCCGCAGACUCCACACAGAUCCCACAGGAGAUUACCCAGAGUGCUGCAGGCCUGAGGAGCAUCCAGAAGAUAAAGAGGAAGAGAGAGAGGAGAACAGAGUUGGAGGAGGAAGUGGAGCCUUAGGAAGAGCCCCUCGACUGAAGCCCCUCCCUUCAGAGGAAGUGCACUUGAACGCCGCUGCUGUCUGUGAUGCCCUCCCAUGACGCCGAGGUCGGUAGCUGACACUGCCAGUGAGCGGGAGACGCCACUGCACAACCGGUCCUGGGCCAGCGCCGUCAGCCGGUUCUCGCCCUCCCUCUCAGACACUGGAGACUCCACAUCCACCCGCCUACCACUGUCCACAACCAUCCACUCUGUUCCACCCCAGUAAGUUCCCCUUGAAUACCGACACGCUGACGUCCUCGACCAGCACCAGCAGCAGCAGCCAAAAACAAUAUCAACGCAAUCAGCAACACCAGCACCACCAUAAUCACCAGCAGCAGCAGCAGCAGCAGCCAUCAUGUCCAGUCGUAGAAAGUCCUCCACCCCAUGCAUGGUCCGGAUCGUCAGCGACCUGCCUGAUGAACAAGAUGAUCCGGAGGAGGUGAUGGACGUGGAAGUAUUAGCAAGCAAAGAUGUGACAGAAAAUGAACCACCUGAAUCUGCAGAAAAGAGUCAAAACCACGCAAAAGAUAAGGUGGAGAAUCCAGACCAGCAGGCAUUUACAAAAAUUUUAGAAAAAGAGCAGCAGUCUGGACAAGAAGAUCACCCUCCUGCCAUUGAAGAUGUAGAAACCAGAGGGGGGAAGAACAAAGAAACAGCAGAAUCAGACUCGGUGCCACAGAAGAAGCAGGCAAGAGGCUAUGAGUGCAAAUACUGCCCAUUUUCAACGCAGAACCUGAAUGACUUUAAAGAGCACGUGGACUCCAGCCAUCCUAACGUCAUUCUAAAUCCACUGUACCUCUGUGCUGUCUGCAACUUCAACACCAAAAAGUUUGACUCGCUCACAGAGCACAAUGAGAGCCAGCACCCAGGUGAGACAAACUUCAAGUUUAAGAGGAUAAAAAUGAACAAUCAGACUAUCUUAGAGCAGACAAUCGAAGGCAAGGACAAUUCAGCCGAAUGCGACGUGACAAAUGAACAAGGUGAAAGCAACAGGAGCUCUGUGUUUCCACCUUGCAUAUCUACCACGGUGAAAUCCCCAGGUAGUAUGCAGGCGCUCUAUGGAGGGAGCGAACUGAAAAGCCAGCUGGAUGGUUUGAUCCAGAAGGACCAAAUCACAGCAGUGAACAUCAAUGGAACAGUCAUCAUCCCUGACCCCACCAUCGUCCAAGGGCUCUCCCAUGUCACCCCAAUGCUCCAGCGCCCACCCAACUUUAACUCUGUACCAAAAAUAGCCGUUCCCUUGAACACGACCAAAUAUAACCCUUCUUUAGAUGACAACCUGACAUUGAUCGCCUCCUUUAAUAAGUUCCCUUACCCAACGCAUGCUGAGCUGUCAUGGCUUACAGCUGCCUCCAAGCACCCAGAGGAACAGAUCAAAGUCUGGUUCACCACCCAGCGACUGAAGCAAGGUAUCACUUGGUCCCCAGAAGAGGUGGAGGAAGCCAGGAAAAAAAUGUUCAAUGGCUCCAUCCCUCCUGCUCAUCACACUUUCACCAUCUUACCUACCAGCCCUGUCUCUCAGCCAUCUGCCAAAGCCUCACAGCAGCCCAUUGUCCACACGACAGUCGAGCAUGUCGGUCAUGUCCGGGUGACUGCACCCAAUGGAUUAAAUGUAGUCACCACCACAAACUCUCCGGCUGCCAUGGCCAUUGGCGCUAGCCACUCCCUUAAGCGACCUCUGCCAACACAGCUGUCGACAGUGUUCGGCCCAGAGUCCAAGCGACCCAUCAUGGCAGUGGCUCCCCACUCUGGUGACCCAAAAGACAAGGUCCUAAUGGCUCCUCCACCACCACCUCCUCCCCCAAAAGGCCGCCUCCCAAUGGCUCCACCUCUCGUUCCCAUGGAGAUGAAGAGACCUGUAGCAGUUCCUUUGGUCACCACAGACAUAAAGAGGUCAUCCGCUGCAGUGCCUUUAAUGCCACCACCAUCUUCGUCGUCAUCAUCUUCGUCUUCCAAAGGGAAGAUUCUCUCGGCAUCAGGAAACCAAACAAAGCCGGUGGUGUCUCUGCCCUCCAUAGUCUUUCCAGCGUCUUUAACAAGGCCAAUGAUAGCCCCCCCACCAAUCUCUGUCCCUCCAUUCAGAAACAAUUUACUUGUUCCUCGUAAUGUGCCCAUCCCGUCCAAAGAGAAGCACCCCAGUCCUCACGCUUUGCCAGCUUCUGAUUUAAAUCUGCCAAACUCCCCUCCACUCAUUACUUCACAGGCAAGGAGGCCAACAAUUAUCCAGUCCAUCCGUGCUCCCGCUAAAGCCCCAUCCCAAAUUUCUGGGUUCUCAUUGGAUGGUAAGAAACUAAAAGAGCAGCAAGGAGUGGAGCUGAAAGCCAGCUACCCCAGAGGAGACAAGGUAAUCAGUCCUCUGCCAGAGGCCAAUGGGACAUCUCGCGUGGACGGUAAAUGGUCCUUUGACCAGACUUCUUCUGCUUACAACAAUGGAAUCAUACAUUUGGAUGGUGGGGACAUCCCGGCAGCACCAAAACCAGAUUUUCAGCAAAAGUCCUCGGUGCUGACCCAGUUCCCCUUGCUGGAAAGGAUGAAAGGAAAAACAGCAAAACAGCUGAAGAUCUUGGAGGAGAACUUCUUGCGGAACAGCUUUCCCACACAUAGCGAUGUGGACAAUCUGUCGGCCAUAACCCGCCUGUCUCAUCAGGAAAUCGACAGCUGGUUUGCAGAACGUCGCGCACUUCGUGACAACCUGGAGCAAGCCCUUCUGAACUCCAUGGGUACGAAGAGGAUGGGCGGCAGCAGCAUUGGUGCCCUCACCGAGAAACAGCUACAUCAGCAACACCACACACUACAACUGAAUGGGAUUCACAAAUCAAGCACUGGUAUGGGCCAUCUUAAAAGCCCUCCGCCACCUUCACACCCCCUGUCCAUGAUUGCUCCUGGCACCAUUGCACCCUCCGUCCCCAAUCCGAAUUCCUGCUCAGUGCCUCCAGACAGCCGAUCCCUGGCGCUCCUCAAGGACGAUUUUGCUCACACGCGGUGGCCUUCCCCUGAGGAGUUCAGCCAGCUGGAGGGUCGGACAGGACUGGCUCGUGGAGAACUGGCCCACUGGUUCACCGAUAGCCGGCUGCAGAGUGGCAGCAUGGAGAUGACAGAACUUUUUCACAACAAUGGCAUGAACGGAGGGCAGAGGCCACCUCUGUGUUCACCUGAAAACGCUCCACCCAGCAUCAUCCAGCGCUGUCAGGAAGGAGCCGUAACAAACAACAACAACAGCAGUAAGUUGCUGGAAGUUGAGAUGGGCUGGCUGAUGGACCAGCGCAGCAAAAGCCUCAACAAUCAACAGCACGAUGAGCUUCAAGACCAGUUUGCUGGCAGACUGAGACAGCAGAGCGUGGCGGAGCUGAAGAACGGGGGACAGAACGGGGGACUCCUCGGAGGAGCACGGGAGGUGUUCGGGACCUGGCUGGAGGACUCGAGGCGAGGAAGGGAGCUGCUCAUGGACAGAGAGAAGAAGAUGGCGGAGGACGCAUCCGGGAGGCUGACCGGAUAAAUGGUGCGAAUAAGAUUUGCUGCCAUCGCCUCCGCCACCGCCGCUGCUGCUGGAAACAUACAAGAGGAGAGAAAAUGAAGAAUGGAGC